CCGGUCCCGAGCCGCCGGCCCGCCGCGCUGAGUCUGUAGGCGCCGUGUCCGUGGGCGCCUCGCCUGGCCGGGCCCAUGUGCGCGCGGCCCGCCCCAGGCCGCCCGGGCUUCGCCUCCGCCCGCGCCCUGGCCUCCACCCCGGCCUCCGAGGAGCCGCCGCGACGCCCGGCCCGCGGGGCAGGUGAAGAGAUUAUAAGUCUACUGAAUGAAAAAAUUUUUCUUAAAGUUGCAUAUACUCCAAGAGAAAAUCCCAAAUGUUUUUAUAUUUUGCCUAAAUACAAAAUUUAAACAAGGAGCUUCCACAGAAGUCUGAUUAGAUGCUGGAUAAAUUACAGAAGGUACAACUUCCCGGGAGUACUUCGGUGCUUAAAAAUUAAGCUAACUCUUCAAAAGCCAGAAGAGAAAAAGAAAAGAAAAGAAACACGAAAACUUUGUUGCAAACCAACCUAGGCCCACAGACUGACAUAUGAGACGCACUGAGUGCUUCAGACCUUGUAGAGUCCAGGCAAAGACAGCAGGAGCCCGCAGAGGCUCUGUGGCUGUCACUAUGUUCUGGAAGUUUGACUUGAACACCACGUCCCACGUCGACAAGCUGCUGGAUAAAGAGGACGUGACGCUGCGAGAGUUAAUGGAUGAAGAUGACAUCUUGCAGGAGUGCAAGGCCCAGAACCGGAAGCUGCUGGACUUCCUGUGCAGGCAGCAGAGCAUGGAGGAGCUGGUGAGCCUCGUCACACAGGACCCGGCCGUGGACAUGGAAGAGAAGGUCCGCUUCAAGUACCCAAACACAGCCUGUGAGCUGCUGACGUGUGACGUGCCGCAGAUCAGUGACAGGCUGGGAGGGGACGAGACUUUGCUCAACCUUCUUUACGACUUCUUGAACCGUGAGCCGCCUCUCAAUCCUCUCCUCGCCAGUUUUUUCAGCAAGACCAUUGGCAGUCUCAUUGCAAGAAGAACUGAACAGGUGAUAGUGUUCUUGAGGAAGAAGGACAAGUUCAUCAGCCUGCUGUUGAAGCACAUUGGCACCUCGGCCCUCAUGGACCUGCUGCUGCGCCUGGUCAGCUGCGUAGAGCCUGCUGGGCUCCGGCAGGAGGUCCUGCACUGGCUUAAUGAAGAGAAGGUCAUCCAGAGACUCGUGGAAUUGAUCCAUCCGAGUCAGGAUGAAGAAAGGCAGUCCAACGCUUCUCAGACGCUCUGUGACAUCAUCAGGCUGGGCAGGGAGCAGGGCAGCCAGCUGCAGGAGGCUCCAGAGCCAGACCCCCUCCUCACGGUGCUGGAGUCGCAGGACUGCGUGCAGCAGCUGCUGAGGAACAUGUUUGACGGAGCCCAGACCGAGCUCUGCCUCGUCAGUGGGACCCAGGUGUUACUGACCUUGCUUGAGCCCAGGCGGGCGGGGAUGGAGGGCUUGCUGGACUCCUGCUCUCAGGGACUGGAUAGGCUGUGUGCCGUCAGCUCCGGCGUCCUGCGUGGCAUCGAGCCACGGCUGAAGGACUUCCACCAGCUGCUGCUCAGCCCGCCAAAGAAAGCAGCGAUCCUGACCACCAUUGGCGUGCUGGAGGAGCCCCUGGGUAACGCCCGCCUGCAUGGAGCUCGCCUCGUGGCUGCCCUGCUGCACACGAACACGCCCAGCAUCAACCAGGAGCUCUGCCGGCUCAACACCAUGGGCUUGCUGCUGGACCUGUUUGUUAAGUACGCCUGGAAUAACUUCCUGCACUUCCAAGUGGAGCUGUGCAUAGCCGCCAUCCUGUCCCACUCUGCCCGGGAGGACAGGGCCGUGGCCAGUGGACCUGAGGGCGGGGUGGAGCCUCCACCCUCCAGCGGGGACCCAGAGAUCCCCCAGCCUGCCGCCUGCCGCCCCGAGAGCACGAUGGUGACCCACCUGUUCCAGAAGUGUUGCCUGGUCCAGAGGAUCCUGGAGGCCUGGGAGGCCAAUGACCACACACAGGCAGCGGGUGGCAUGAGGCGCGGGAACAUGGGCCAUCUCACCCGGAUCGCCAACGCAGUGGUGCAGAGCCUGGAGGGGGGCCCCGUGCAGACCCAGGUCAGCGAGGUCCUCCGAGGGCUCCCCUCGGACUGCCGCGGGCGCUGGGAGAGCUUUGUGGAGGAAACGCUGAUGGAGGCCAACCGCAGGAACGCGGUGGACCUGGUUAGCGCCCAGCAUCUUCGCCCGUCGAGUGAGGACGAGGACAUGGAGGGCGUUUUCCCUAACGAGCUGUCCCUUCAGCAGGCUUUCUCCGAGUACCAGGUCCAGCAGAUGACAGCCACCUUCGUGGACCAGUUUGGCUUCAGCGACGAGGAGUUUGCUGAGCAGGACGACAGCGUCAACGCCCCAUUUGACAGGAUCGCGGAGAUCAACUUCAGCGUCGACGCCGACGAGGACAGCCCUGGUGCCGCUCUGUUUGAGGCCUGCUGCAGUGACCACAUCCAGCCCUUCGACGAGGACGACGACCUCUGGGAGGACGAGGAGACACACUGUGUGGCCCGGGUGACCAGAGCCAGGUUCGGGGGCCCUCAUGCUUCGGAGAGCUUCCGGAAGGACAGCCCGGAGCGCCGGGGCCAAGGUGGGGAGGAGAGCUCGGAAGCAGACGGGGAUGGGACUCGCGCGGGCGCCCCUCGGGCUGCCAUCCAGAAGGAAGAUCCUCGCGUUGAGGGUGGCUCAGAAGGCGCCCCGGGGACGGUGUCUGAUGAGCCGGUGAAUUCCACGGCCUCGGGCCUGGCCCCGGCAGUGGCGAUGGACGUGGGUUCCAGUGUGUGGGCGGCCAGCGCGCCCAGCGCCUCGGCUGCAGAGGAGAGAGGCUGGGCCAAGUUUGCCGACUUCCAGCCUUUCUGUUGCUCUGAGUCGGGGCCCAGGUGCAGCUCCCCCGUGGACAGAGGUCACGGCGAUGCCCAGGGUGGCCUGAACCAGGGCCCAGAGAGAACCCCUGGCACGGCCACUCCGGGUGCCUGGAGCGCGUGUGUUGCCAGGAAGGCGCCCCUGGCGGCCUCCGGCAGCCGCAAGGACAAGCAGAAGAUGGCUGUUGCCUCGGAGGCUGUUAGGGCGGGUCCCGGUCGGGAGGCCCCCCCACCGCCCGUAUCGGUCCCCAGGGCUGAGUGCGCCACCAGCACGCCUCCAGACCUGGCCUCCCUUGCGCCUGUGCAAGUGACCUCUGCCCCAGUCGGGGCCGUCCUCCCCGAGGCUACUGUGGCGGCCACCACAGUACCGGGCAACGCCGGCCCCGCCCUGGCCACCCCGGCAGUCUCUCCUGUGCUGGCCACAGCCGUCACCCCUGCAGCCCCAGCUGUCUCCACGGCGGCCACCCUGGGGACGGUGACAAAGGACAGGCAGACUGAUGGGUCGCCGCCGCCCGCGGGAGCUGCCUUAAAUGGCCUCGUCCUGGCAGGCACCAUGGGCUUACUGCUGGACCUGUUUGUUAAGUACUCCUGGAAUAACUUCCUGCACUUCCAAGUGGAGCUGUGCAUGGCCGUCAUACUGUCCCAUGCUGCCGGGGGGGACAGGGCUGUGGCCAGUGGACCUGAGGACGGGCUGGAGACUCCACCCUCCAUCGGGGACCCAGAGACCCCCCAGCCUGCCGCCAGCCUCCCCAAGAGCACGAUGGUGGCCCACCUGUUCCAGAACACGCUGGUGCAGAACCUGGAGGGGGGCCCCAUGCAGACCCAGCUCAGUGAGGUCAUCCGAGGGCUCCCCUGGGACUGCCGCGGGCUCUGGGAGAGCUUUGUGGAGGAGUCGCUGACGGAGGCCAACGACAGGAACGCGGUGGACCUGGUUAGCACCCACCAUCUUCACCCCUCAAGUGAGGAAGAGGACGUGGAGGGUGUUUUCCCUAAUGAGCUGUCCCUUCAGCAGGCUUUCUCCGAGUACCAGGUCCAGCAGAUGACGGCCACCUUCGUGGACCAGUUUGGCUUCAGCAACGAGGAGUUUGCUGAGCAGGACAACAGCGUCAACGCCCCAUUUGACAGGCUCGUGGAGAUCAACUUCAGCGUCGGCAGCCCCGGUGCUGCUCUGUUUGAGGCCUGCUGCAGUGACCACAUCCAGCACUUCGACAAGGACGACGACCUCUGGGAGGACAAGGAGGCACAUCGUGUGGCCCAAGUGACCAGAGCCAGGUUCGGGGGCCCUCAUGCUUCAGAGGGCUGCCGGAAGGACGGCCCGGAGCGCCAAGGCCAGGGCAGGGAGGAGAGCUCGGGAGCAGACGGGGACACGGCUCGGGCGGGUGCCCCUAGGGCUGCCGCCCAGAAGGAAGGUCCUCGUGUUGAGGGUGGCUCAGAAGCAGGUGCCCCAUGGACGGUGUUUGAUGAGCCGGAGAAUUCCAUGGCCUCGGGCCCGGCCCCGGCAGUGGCGAUGGGCGUGGGUUCCAGUGUGGGGGCAGCCGGCUCCCCCAGUGCCUUGGCUCCAGAGAAGAAAGGCUGGGCCAAGUUCGCUGGCUUCCAGCCUUUCUUCUGCUCUGAGUCGGGGCCCAGGUGCAGCUCCCCGGUGGACAGAUGUCAUGGCGAUGCCCAGGGUGGCCUGAACCAGGGCCCAGAGAGAACCCUUGGCCCGGCCACUCCGGGUUCCUGGAACUGUGCGUCCCGGUCGGGAGGCUGCCCCCCGCUGCCCGUGUCAGUCCCCAGGUGUGGGCGGGAGUGUUGUGGACAGACGUGGCCUGUGAGGUGUCCAGGGAAGGGCCCUGGGCCCGUUUGGCCCACAGAGUGGGCUGAGUGCGCCGCCAGCACACCUCCAGACCUGGCCUCCCUUGCGCCUGUGGAAGUGACCUCUGCCCCGGUCGUGGCCGUCCUUCCCGAGGCUGCCAUGGCGGCCACCACAGUACCGAGCAACGCCGGCCCCUCCCUGGCCACGCUGGCAGUCUCUCCUGUGCUGGCCGUGGCCGUCACCACUGCAGCCCCAGCUGGCCCAGCUGUCUCCACGGCGGCCGCCCUAGGGACGGUGACAAAGGACAGGCAAACUGACGGGCCGCCGCCCGCAGGAGCUGCCUUAAAUGGCCUCGUGUGAUGCUGCCGCCGCCCAGCCUUGGCGCCCCAACCAAGAAACCUACCUGGUGACGCAGUUUGUCUUAUUUAAUUUAAUUUAAUUUUAAAAUAAAUGCUGCAUUGGUAAAGCUGGCAGUUGGAACCAGUCAGACGGCCCAGCCUGCAUUUCUCCUGCCUGACUCCGGGUGGGCCUUGAGGGUCCAGCCCCACGCACAGCAAUAAGGCCUCAGACGGGCUCUGCCUGCGCCACAGGCUCUGAGCCUGUUUUUAUCCAUUUUUUAACAAACGCGGAUAGAGCCACGUGUUUGCACUUUUUAAUCUAGCGCAGGAGAGGGUCUCCGAGGCUCUGGGGACAAAUGUGGGUCUGGAGCUGGGCUGGCCAGACGGGGUUUUAGCUGCCCAGUGGCCCUGGGAGCUGGCCGUGAGCCAGGCUGCAAACUUGACCGCCUUAAAAAAAAAAAGCACCCCCCCGCAGCCUGGCAGGCUGUCCGCAGUGGGCAGCGGGGGGCGACUGGCAGGAGCUGGCCACGGGCGUGCAGGAUGGGGUGCGGGGGGCCCAGCAGUGCGCGGGCGUUGGGGGGCUGCCCUGCACCUGCCGGGGAGGGCGGGGUAUUUCAUGUUAUUGUUCUGAUGCUCUCACAGGGCACCCAGACCCCGCGACUCCCAAUAAAAGUUGUUAUUCUCACCGACAGACCUGCGUAUUGUUACGCUGCGGGCCCUGGAGCCCCAGCCUGGCUGGCAGCAGGGGUUGCCUGCUGCUCCCGGGCCCGUCUGAGUCAACUCCUGAGUAAAGACUCUUUUUCCUUUGUGAAACGAGCUCCGUCUGGAGGUUGCGUCUCGGGCAGGGACCCCAGACCCACAGGUUCCUGGGCAACAGGAACGUCAGCCCGACGGCUGUCUGUAGGCCCAGGGAGGGCCUGGGUGAGCCCCGCCUUAGCUCCCACGGACGGGUGCGGCUGCCGGCCGGGCCCCCCGCACCACCAGCCCCCCUGACCAGGAGCUGUGGCCGCCACCCUGACCACUCCGGGAUGUUCUCCCAGCCGCCGCGGUGCCACAUUCCACCCCACCCCCCCCCACCUGCUGCGAGUGAGGCCCUAGCCGGGGUGGGACUCACGUCUGAAUGGGAGAGUGACCCGCGUUACAGCCGAGGCUGGGGCGGGGCGAGGAUGGUCGGGAUCCCAGGGGAGACGCCGAGACAGGCGUUUGGAACCAAGUGCCUCAUAGCAGAGGCCGUCGGGUCCCCGGGCCCCACCUCCCCAUACACAAGCCCCCCAAGUCAAGUCCUCAAACACCCUUGCUCUCCAGAGCGCCCACCCUCUCUGGUGUCUCCCCCUCCUCAGGCCCCGUCCGACAACUAACUCCAUCCAUCCCAUCGACUGACUCUCAUCAUCUCACCAGGGAGGGACCAGCAAGUCUGGACUCCGGACAGCUUC